AUGGCCGAACCGAGAAAAGUGCAAUUUGUCACCCUCUCGGCCUUCGCAGCUGGGGCAGCCGCGGAGUCCAGGAAACGCCGGCUGGAGGAGGAGGCCGAGUUCAACUUCGGGAGAGCCAGGGAGGUCGAGGCAGCGACCGGGGCAGGGGGAGGUGCUGCCACCGGUGAUCGCCAUAGGGACACGGCUGGAAGCGAGAAGAAGGCGACGGUGCGGCUCAACCUGUCCCUCUGCGAGCCUGACGACCGCUCCUCUGUCGAGUUUAAUUACGGCGAACUCAUCCAGCACCUCCAGGUAGGAUCCCCCUUAGUUUUAACAACAUAACACGGCCGACUGAGACUCGAGCUGGAGUUCAUUUUAUCGCUGUGGAAAGUGUCGGUGUGGACUUGUCAUUGCUAAGUAAUGGGGUGGGGGAGUGCACCUUGUCCUUCCAUGGACUAGCGAGGCUGAAAGUGACCAUUACUACGCACACAAUAGACAGCAGCAGUCUUUUUUUGGCCACGCAGCGAGCCAGUCCACUCAGUCAGCUUCCAACUUCAGCUGCGCUCUCCUACACAUUGAAAAAGAGAGACCUCUUUUUCUUUCUUCUUCUUCUUUUUUUUGGCACAUAUAUUGAUAAAGCUUAUCUUGUGCUGCUACCUGUGCCCUUUUCAAUGAGACUUGCCCAGCAACAGCUCAGUCACACAGCCAUUACAGCAGUUGGAAAUGCCACAUGCAGUUUGGCCCUGUGGCUGCGGGUGAUAGAUAGAUGAGAGAGCAUUGCUGAUGGAAGUACCAGGAUGUAGCAUGGGAGCAAGGCAAAUGUCAGAGCUGAGGGAUCAAAGACAGACUGCCUCAUUUUGAUCCUCAGCUUCUGAUUUAUUAGUUUUACUGUAUUUGUGGAUAUGUGUGGGAAAAAAGUUUCUUGCAGGGAGUAACAAUCUGAGCUGAAUAUAAAGAAAAGCAUGACUGCAGCAUGUUAGUAAUAAUAAUAAUAAUUAUUAUAAUACAUUUUAUUUGUGGGCGCCUUUCAGGGCACUCAAGGACACCUUACAGGGCAAUUAAAAGACACAUUAGUAGAAAAGGAAAAUCUAUAAAAACACACCAACACAACAAAGUAUUAAUUAAAAAGUUGUAAGUCCGGACUCUGCAGCAGAACAUCUAAUGUUAUUCUUAUGUUGGACAUGUCCUUAGACUUUUUUCUUUAGACGGAUUUGAAGCAAAAAAGCUCUCAGUAUUAUCGGGAUUUUUCUUCAUUUCCUGAAACCAGCGCUGCGCAGUAGCGUUGUGCGCAUUCGGCGGGAGAGUCGCAGCGAGUCGCUGUGAUGACGCUUGGCUCAAACAGCAUAUCCCCCGGGUGAGCUACGCAAUCCCUGAACGCCAAUAGGCUGUAUCAGGUGUCAAUCAUAGAAAACAUGAACGCCCUAAUAACUUUUAAAAACGGAGCUUCACAGAAAAAAGAGGACUUGAGCACAAACCAGUUUUGCAGUAAUUACAUGCCAACAUCGCAAGCAGGGGGGAGAAAAAUUUAUGUUCUGUGUAAUAAAUUUCUAAAAUUUGUCGACAGCUCAUAGGGAUUGCUGGAGGAGGCGGGAUUUAUGACCUAUACUGCAGCCUGUCAACAGAGGGUGCUGUUCUCGGGGUGGCAUCCAUUCUAUAUACAGUCUAUGGUUUUGAUGUAAAGUUAGCUGACAAUUGUGACAUCUUCUCCGAUGACCUUUUCACGCAGAGGCUGACCUGUAUGGACCGAGAAACCGUCUUUAUUUGAUUGUUUGUAACUCUAAUCUCAGAUCAUCUCUGUGAAUGUUUUUUAAUUUAAAAACUUUUUUUGUUUGUUUUAUUUUUCUAGGUAAAGAAUAAUCCUUCAGCUCCGACUUCAGCCCAGAACCCAAAUGAUCCCUUCAACGAUGACGAACGAGAGAGGCUUCAAGUUGAGGCCCUGGCGAAAAAGUUUGAAAAUAAAUAUGUAAGAUAUAUUUCAUAAAUCUUUUUUUUAUUUUGAGAUAAAUUUUUAUGAUAUUAAUGUUUAAAACCAAAACCUGUUUGACAUUGUUGAUUUUAGUAUAACAUUUUGUGACAUUUCAUUUUACACACCCUAGCUUAAAAGUGGAAUUUUUAUUAGCUUUAUUGAUAGAGCGACUGAAGAAAAGCAUGGGAUAUGGGAGUAGAGAGUGUCUUGGCUGAGAGUUGAACCAUUGUCUGCUGGGACAAGGACUGCAGCCUCUGUACUGUAUCUGGGUUGUACACUUGAACCACUAGACCAGUCUGCACCCAUUUAACAAACACUUUUCUCUAAAGUAUUGUGAAUCUGAGAGCAGGUACGACAUAAGUCAGAAGGGAGUAAAUAAGUUUUGUUGUGACAAAAAUAAUUAUGUUAAUUUAACACCAAAAAUCUGAAAUGUCCAACAAACAGAGAGAGAAAAAAACUUAGAGGAAAAAAACCUUAAUGAUAAAAUGUGUUACUGUAAAUAUUUGUUUAAUGCACGUCCAGAUUUUUACUCAACCAAAAAAAAAAAAAAAAGCACCAAUCUGCUGAUUUUAAAAGCUUCUGUUCGCUCAUGUGUUUGCUACAAAGACUCUUGUUGGUUGAAUGUACUCAAUGAAGUCAAACAAAGUACUUUGAUACACCACAACAGAGAGCUUUAUAACAAUUGGUAUUACCAUGUUUCCCCAAUUAGAUAAACAGAUUCAAUAAAUGGGUAAAUAGGGAAAUGUGUCAAACACUUGGAGUGACAUGGAGUUACUUUUUGAUAGUUUAAGUAGCUGGAAUACUGGAGUAUUUUAGUGUUAUAGUUACUGUCAUAGAAGAAGUUAUUUAAAUACAGUACAGGCCAAAAGUUUGGACACACCUUCUCAUUCAAUGUAUUUUCUUUGUUUUCAUUACUAUUUAAAUUGUAGAUUCUCAAAACUAUGAAUGAACACAUGUGGAAUCAUGUGCUUAAGAAAAAAGUGUGAAAUAACUGAAAACAUGUAUUAUAUUUUAGAUUUCUCAAAGUAGCCACCCUUUGCUUUUUUGAUAGCGCUGCAAACUUAAGCUGUCUCUCAAUGAGCUUCAUGAGGUAGUCACCUGAAAUGGUUUUUACUUCACAGGAGUGCCUGAAGUAACCCUGACAAGGUACUUCUGUCAUCAAGAGCAAAGGGUGGCUAUUUUAAAGAAACUAGAAUAUAAAACAUGUUUUCGGUUAUUUCACAUUUUUUUAUAAGUACAAAAUUAUACAUGUGUUCAUUCAUAGUUUUGAUGCCUUCAGUGAUAAUCUACAAUGUAAAUAGUCAUAUAAAAAAAUAAAGAAAAGACAUUGAAUGAGAAGGUGUGUCCAAACUUUUGGCCUGUACUGUAUAUAAGUGUAAAAAGAUGUCUGUGAUGCAUUCAUGAAUGAAAGGACACAACUAUAAUACAAGGGACCGCUUUCCUUUGUUUCUCUUGAAAGAUCAAUGACUAACAUAUAGUAUGUGUGUUGGGACUAAAAGGACAAUCAUUUUUUUAUGAUUGUCAGAAGGCGUUUUUAAGGUGUGUGUUGAAGAUAGAGCACAUGCCGUUAAAACAGUUUCUGUAUGGAGAAAGUUGACAAAUCAGAGACAAAAGAUUUCUUUGAGGGGGUGUCAGGAUUUUCAUGGGGAUCAAAAACAAAUCUCUCAACUUUAUAUGUUAAUGUUUUAUUUCUCAGGGUACCACAGGAAAGAAGAAGAGAAAGGACAGGAUGCAGGACCUGAUCGAUAUUGGCUUUGGCUACGACGAGACGGACCCUUUUAUAGACAACUCCGAAGCUGUAAGUACCCCUCACUUCACAAUAUUGAGGUGUGUUCGCUUUUGUAUAUUUUCUUCCCCAGGAAGUGACUUUUAUGUAGUCUGAUAUGCGUCUUCCUGCCCUCCUUACAUGGAGGGCUGUGAUCUUUCUUUUUGUCGUUUAGAGAGUGACAUUAUUCCUCUGUGGUUAAAUAUUUAUUCCCUUACUUGAAGUUUUGAUACAGUAGCAUUUCUAAAGAUAGAUGUAUGUCCCCUCUUAUAAAAACUUAAGACUCGAGUACUAAGUCAUCCUCAUGACUCAUGAAUGUAUACAUGCUCCCUUUGUCCGCGCAGGGAUAUGUGCCUAUUGUUGUUGUUGACAGUCUUUUUUGCUCGGUAUUCAGAGGAUUUCUCUCUCUGUCUGACUGUAAUCGCUUGAAAAUGCUUUCUGUAUGGAUUCUCUGCUAUUAUAUGAUAAUUGCUCUGUUGUUUUGAUGGCUGUCCUCUCCUCACUCACAUAUUUGCAGUGCCCGCUUGACCCUUUUUUUCUGUUUUGAUAUGCUCAGUAAUGGAAAAAUAUUUCAUCUGUGCCCUGAGGGGAUUGUUAUUCUUUUUAGUGAUUUAUUUAUUUUGGCGCACAACAAGUCAUCCAUUCCCACCGGCCAACAGUAGAGCUCAAGCUGCCUUUUGAGGUGUUUACAAAAAACGUUAUUAGUUACUCCAUAUCUCCUCAAAUCCACAGACAACCAAUGCUUUUGUUGCAAAGGAGGAUUUUCUAGGUUCAUGUAAUAUUAUAUCAUGAACUGUCUUCCUUUGUUAUUUCUCUCAGUAUGAUGAGCUGGUGCCUGCGUCUUUGACCACAAAGCUGGGAGGAUUUUACAUCAACACUGGCACGCUGCAGUUCAGAGCGGCCUCUGAUUCCGAGGGAGAGGAGGACAAGGUGAGAAUACCUCAGCGGGUUCAUCUCUAAACAUGAAGAAAAUAUUGAUAUACAGAGUUCAAACUUGCAUAAUCAUUUAUCAAUGUCAAAAACAAUGAAAAAGACAUUCAGGUUACCCCUCCCUGCUACUUUAAUCCCUCAAAUUUCUCAUUGUGAUUACCUAAUGUUAAUAAUACUUUAAAUAUCUGCACAGAUUUUGCAUGUUAUCAUAGUCACUGAGUGUAUUAGCCCACAGCUGUGUAUGAAUGCAGUCCCAGAGGGUUGGAAACAUGGCUUUAGACUCUUGUUUUGUCUUAUUUUUUCUUCAUGCACCAAGAUCCAAAUGAAAAAAAAAAAAACAAAAACGCUAAAUAUCCUUUGCCAAGUUCAGCGAGGCAGAACAACACUGGGACACUACAGACAGAUGGUGGAAAAAGAAAAAAAAGUUGUAAUAGUGAUUGUGUAACAAAGGAUCCAGUUUUUUUUAUUUUCUGGACACUGAGAAGUCCGAGCCUCACAGCCGACCCUUACUUAUUUAGAGGGGGAUAAAGCGUGGUUACCCACUAGUGUUGUGGGGUAAUUCAUUUUGUGGGUAAUUGCGGUACAGCGCGAUCCUGACAGUCCUCAUGCUGCAUUUGAUGUUUUCUUAAUAGAAGCACGUUCUUCAAUGGUUUGAAAGAUUUGAUGUGAAGGAAAUAUUAGUAAUCACCAGAUCAAAAGACAUCUUCACUGGUAUAUACACACACACACGCAGAUGAAGAGCUCUGCAUGUGUGCCUCAAACUGAAAUUGAUCUUUUGCCUUCUCUCUGUCGUCACCUGUUUAUUUGAGGCACUGAGUGUUUGCGCUCUUGUUUCAGAAGCUGAGUAACAACAAGGAGCAGGUGAUUAAGAAAAGGAAGAGGAAGGAAGUAAACAAUCUGGAAGAGAAGACCCUGAAGAGGAACAGUGGGCCUAAACAAGGGUGAGAAUCUGAUUUCUUGGGUUUGUAUUUAUUGACAUAAUGACUGAUCGGCUGUUCGGCGGCUCAAACUGUAAAUUGUCCCGGUAUCCUUAAAUAAAUAGACCAUUCAAAUAUUCUGUUUCAUUCAAUAAUUCAGGAGAUAAAGCAAAGCUGUUAAUGUCACAUUUAAAUGUUACACACACGCGAUUGUGAUUCUUUUUGUUUCAGUGCCUAAUGAAAUUUCCCUUUUUGUCACCUGUGGAUUUGUAGGACACUAUGAAUAUGCAAUGACACACUUAACUGUGCUGAUAAUCCACUACCCGGUGUGACACCACGGUCCUGUCCUUUAGUGUGUAUCCUCAUACAUCCAUUGUGAGGCGGGGGAUGCUGACUGUGACUUGCUUUGAGUCGCUCUGACACAUCAGCCACCUUCGAGGAAACACUGCAUUAUCCAUGCUCAGAUGGGCUGCAUACUUCAGGCGCCAUUCUGAGCAAAACUUCCAAAAAUAGCCGCAGCGCUUGCCAUUGGACCUUUGCGAUCCAGAUGAUGUUCUAUUUGUGCGUUUCUGUUUUUAAGAUUUCCAAGUAGAACGCAGGUAAAUCUCUCAGAGCGUCACUCCUGCUAACAUUUCUGAGUUGCCUUCAGUGAAAACCUUAGUUAGCCUGUAAAUAUGCACCCCGUGUACAGAGGUUAUGCCCCAAGAGGGUUCAAGUCUGACCUGUGGCCCCUUUCCCAUUUGACAGCCCGUGCCAUCUCUCCACAUUUCCUGCCCAAUCCUAAAGCCCGACAAUAAAAAAAAGAUACCAGCCAAGCAUCGUGCAUGUGACUGUGUUCUGUUUUUCCUGUUAAAAACAAGGUCAUAUUUUGUUUUCCUCCCACAGAAUGACAGCCCUCCAUCGUCCAGAGAAGAAGAAGAGGAAGAAGCUGAUGAAGGACUCGCUGUAUCUGGCUGCCAUGCUCCGCCGCUUCACCCGAGAGAAGGAGGACAUGAGGAAAAGAAACCCCAACAUGGCUCGCCUCGCCCUGGUGGGAGGCGCAACCAACAAACCAUCCUCCACCUCAACCAACCAUCUGUUAGCUCCUGACUCUGCCCACCUGCAGGGCAGCACAGCCGGCAAUGACCUGUCACUGGGGGACCUCACCUCAGACCCUGCUGUGAUGUCACUGCUCGGCUCAGCCAAUGAGAAAGAGCUGCAGGAUCUUCUGGGCGAUCUGGACUUCAGCCUGCUGGAUACUGAACAGCAGCAUGCUGUGGUAGCCGCGAGGGAAAAUGGCAUUCUGGGAGUCGGUGUUCCAGCUCAUAAAGGAGCAGCAGGAGGAGGCGGAGGAGGCCUAGGGCGAGGUCUGGGGUCUUCCAGCGGCCUGUAUUCCCCACCCCCACUGCCUGAUGGACUACCUGCUCCUCUUACUAAACGCAUCGAAGACCUGCGGGCAGUGAGUCAACUGAAACCUGUCUGUGGGCGGCUGCAAUUACCUGUGAAGCCUCUUUACUGAUGAUAAACACAAACGCUAGUCAGCUCAGGAAGUGGCACAAAAUGUUUAUUAUUGUUCAGUCCAACUGGAAAAGUCUCUCCAGAAGUAGAAACAGAGCUCCAGGCCGAAUCCUGAGGGUUUUUAUGUAACCACAAAAGCAGGGUUUGCAUCACAGCCUCAGAAGUUCUUAUUUUCUUGUUGCUCUUGUAACUCAGUGCCACAGAGUCUGUCUGAAGUGGAGAGAUUUGUUUUAGGUGGUAAAGUUUUAGGAAAAGGGAAAUGAAAAGGAUGAUGCAAGUGAAAGAUAUAGAGGUGAAGAAGAGAGGAGCAAGGAGAGGGGAGAGAGAGAGAGAGACGUAGAAAAUUUGUUGUCAGCAGAAUGUUUCCUCCGAAGAUAACACGCGAGUGAAGGUUGAAAUAUUCAGUUUAUGGUUGGAGUGUAUCUUGAAAAAACCUGAGCUUCACUUUAGAUGUUGGACCUCCAGUUUGGUUCAUAUGGGAAACAAAGCGCUCGUUGUUGCCUCUGAAUUUGCAUUUUCCCUUUCAAAUCAGCAUUAUGUAAAGCAACAAGCGUUUGUGAACACAGUCUAACUUAAAACCUGACGGAUGCACCAAUUUAUCAGCUGAACACUGAUAGUAGUUGUAUUUGACAUCGGCCCAUCAGCAGAUAAUAUCACAUAUAUCUUAUCUUUGCCUUGAUUGCACCAAUUACUUGUGGCGAUCCAGGAAAGAGGGAUAUGUUGCACAGUAGUCGUCUUUUGUUUGACAAACUCUGAUUUUUUUUUCUCAUUCUGAUGUCUGAGAGUAUCACACUAUCGUAGUUGUAACACACGUACAAGGAGCACUUUGAGAGGGACCUAGCAAGACUCAAUCUAUAUGGAAUCUCAGCCAAAAAAAAUCUAUUGGCCCUGGUUGUUCUGAGCAGUGCAUGUAGUAGGUGGUGCAGCUACUUUGUGCCUGUGACCUGAUUUAAACGGAAGCCUUUUAAACUCUGCAUUUUCACAACAGCGCUGGAACAGAGCUCCUCCAUCACAGUGCUUUUGUACUGACAUGCCGCACUUCAAAACAGUGUAGUGUUAAUGUCCUAGUGUGUGUUUUAACAUUGCAUUACGAUUUUGCAGAAGCGCAAGAGGCACCGCUUGUAAACACAGAGUGAGAGCUCUGCAUACACACACACUCAGACGUGCACAUACACACUGACACCGUCUUAUCCCCCAUUCCGCCUCUUGUCACCACCUAUGAGGGAGUACCAGAGACGUAACAGGGCGUAAAUAUCCUGCUGUAAAAUGGCCGUGUUUAAGAGCCUUCUAACUGAAGAAGUUCAUAUGUAACUAUGAGCUGAAUGUCAAGCUUGCAAAUUGAAUUUUAAUGAUAAAGGAGGCUGGAGCUGAACUUCCUACACUGCAAAUAAUGAGGAUGGAGAUGUGGAAACAGGAGGCAUUUUAGAUUUAAAGUUAAAGGGAUAUUCCGGUGUAAUUUAAGUUGUAGUCAAACACACCGCAACACUGAGUUAGACACCCUCUUGAGAGAUAAAUGUUGCAGACUGCUUGCUUCUUUAGUUAUACCAACUUCAGCAACAAUUGCACAAAUAUCAAGCACAGUGGUCUACAUCUUUACGUGCAAAACUCAACCAAAAAGCCACUCUAUAGCCACAAAUAAUGCUCAGAACAGCACCUAACUUCAUCAACAUUACAUAUAGGGUCCCAGCCAUAGUACUAGCUACCAAACAUCUUUCUAGCUUUGCCUGGUUUCUUUGGCAAAGAGACUAAACACAACUCACCUACUCUCUUCCAGCAGCCGCUUGUUUGUGGGGGAGCCCUGACGAGUCGAUCACCAAGUGCAGAGGAUCAUUUUCAUGAAGUAAUAAUCAUUUUGCACUGCAGAUGUGGUAGUUUUUCUGCCAUAGCAUCUUGGUCUGAUUGUAUUUCUAUGAAGUAAUGAUCAUAAAUGUUCUUCCUUGAGCUGCGAAACUCCGCUGCAGUCGGUGAUCAACUCGUCAGGGCUCAGAGAGUGUCUAACUUGGUUUUACGGUGUGUUUGACCCUAACUUAAUUUUACGCCAGAAUAUCCCUUUAAAGAAGGAUGCUCACUGUGGACGACACAAGCACAACACUUCCUAGUUUUAGAUUGGUGCACUCACUGGCUGUUGCGUUGUACCACCUUGGUGAUCUCAUAGCUCUGGAGAUAAUGGUUAAAGUGUCAGGUGAAGGUUAGGAAUCAGAUGGUAGGGCAGUAAUGAAGAAUUUUGUGUCUGUCAUUAACCAAACUCCUCUGUGGCUCAGUAUCACAGAUAUAUGUACAUGUAUUUCUGCUGUAUGGAAGAGCUCCGGUAUGCUGACUCAACCUUUUCCCCCGCAGGCCUCGCGGCAGUUUGAUCAAGAGGGCAGGAAGAAAUUUUUCACCUUGGACAUGAAUAACAUUCUCCUGGAGUGAGUAGGACAGCCUUUAAGUCACUGUCAGCCAAAUCCCAGCUCCCUCUCUCCUCCUCCUCCUCUUUCAGCAUUUCUCACUCAUUUUCAGCAGAUUUCCCUCGCCACCUCUCCUGCUGUCUCACGCUGUUUAGUCCUUUCUCCAUCACUCGCGCCCCGUGUUAAUGACAUGCUCCUCAUUUCAAUUUCUUCCUUUUUUGCAUUCACACUCCUUUAAUUCUCCCCCCCCCCCGUCCUCUUUCUUCCCCUCAGUAUCGAGCUGCAGGUCCAGGAGCAGCCUCCAGAGGUGCGUUCAGGCAUCUACUCACACAUGGAAGCAUUUGUGCCGUGCAACAAAGAGGCACUCCUCAAACGCAUGAAAAAGCUGAGUCUCAACAUCCAGGUGAGCAAGUUGGCAAGAGUAAUUUUUGGCACACUUUUAAAAAAUAUUCUUUUACUUACAAAAAUGUCAGAGUGUAAUUGUGUCAGAGUGACCUUGUUUAAACAGUUGUUACAGUUUGAAGAUAAAAAGUGAAGGACGAAAGCGAAGAGGAGUUUCUUUUUCUAGUGACAGUUUCCUUUUUACUUUUUAUCUGACUUUCCUUAUUCUCACCUUGCUGUGUUAAAUACUAUAUUCUUUAUUCUUGACAAGAGUCAUGAAUCUCAAACAGUUAAGGCAAUGAUCUGGACAACCUAACAACACCUGCCACGCGAGUCAAAUCGAUCCAUGGAGAGGAAGUACAGCACAUUUAGUGUACUUUUCUUACUGUUAUCUCUUCCUGUUGAAAGUCCCACAACCAUGUUUCUUUCUCAUAGCUUCAGUAGACAGCGUGGAGGAUAUUUUGGAUACUACUCUUGAUUUAUUUGGAGUUAACACACAGACAUAAAACAAAGAAAACAUCAUUUGACUUGACCGUAAAUGAAAGCAUUCAGUUUAUGUUAAUUGACUCAAAAGAAAGCUGAUAGGAAAAGCAUGAGGUAACAUUUGGCUGAUACUGGAGUAGGAUGAAUGAACAGGUGUACGCUUUAGUAGGAGCCAUUACUGUUGUUCCCAUAUCGAAUGAUUUAAAGCGCUACACAUCAGCGCAUGACCUCCUCACUCUGCAUCCUCAAAAAAGAUCUGCUUUCCAUUUAUUUGCUUACAUAACAAAUAGAUGCAUUAACAUGAUAGUUGUGAUGGUGCUCAUGGGAAAUGCAGUCUUCAUUCUAGAAAAACACUUCCAGUUUUGUCGCCAGCACCAACACUUGAGAAGGUUUAUCCUUGUCAAAGUCAAUCCACUUUCUGCUCCCUUAAAUUGAGUCAGUUUUUCAUUUUCCAUCAGUCUUUAUUUACGUUUUCUACAGUUUCAUCUGAUUUGAGAUCAGACAAGACUGUAGAUUUGUUUUUCAUUCAUGUCAGAACUUCCUGUUUAUGAUCCUCUAAUUUUCAUUGCAUCACAGCACAGAUUUUUAACUCUCCCCUGUGGUUUGGAUGACCACACACAUGCUUCUCUCUUCAUGGAGGAUUCUCCCAACAAACAACAAAUGAAAUGAAAUACUUUCCCAAGUGAUACCCAUAAACUUUCUAUCUUCUGAACUGGAUAUGUGUUCGCAUAUUUCUGAGCAGCAUUGUCAGCCUCUGAUGUCUCACCUCAAAGCCGGCCCUGCAGUUCCUCCACAUAAUUUCUGCCUUUUCAUGAAGCUUUUAAUCCCCAGCCGUUUUCACUGCUUCAGAUGUUCAUGUGUGGGCUGGUUCCAGUGAAAACAGGCACUCAGGUGUCUUUUGUCACGGACUAUUGAAGAAGUGUUGUCGGCUUCAUACACGGGCAUAUUUUUGCACUUUCACAUUCUCUCACCGUUUCUUUUACUUUCUCGGUUUCGUCUCUUAUACCAUCUUUCUCUUUUGUUCUUUCCUUGUGACUUCCUCCACCUCCAUCAGCUCCUGACUUCGACACACAAACCCGACCUCUUCUCUCACAAUCUCUUUCUCUUUUAGGAUGACCGACUACGGACGCCUCUCUUGAAGCUAAAGUUAGCAGUGUGCAGCGUGAUGCCGGAGCAGAUAGCCAGAUACAACAUGGACUGCAUGGCAAAGGUUGCUAAGUAAGUAAAUCCUUUUAUUGUUUCUGAAAACAAGCGAAUAAGGAGAAAGUCGAGGAUCUUCCCUGUUUGUCAGGUUUGAUUUUUUUAGUGGCUGUUGAUUUAUUUACUGAUUACUUUUUACCAACCAACCUAAACAAACAUCUGUCUACAAAUUCACUCUGGCACCUUGUUCAGUUCUCAAUGAUUGCAGCGUAUUUGUCAAUGUGAAUGUGAAUGUCAGCUUUAUUUAUAUAGCACAUUUAAAAACAGCCAGUGGCCUACCAAAGUGCUUUACAGUAAAAUAGGCAGAGACAAUAAAAACAUAUAAAAGCAUAAAACAAAAAUAUAGAUGAACAUAGCAAAUAAAUAAAAUACAUAAUAAAAGUAGCUAUAUUUCCCCUAAAGCUAGAGUGAACAGGUGCGUCUUCAGAAGUGUUUUAAAAGUGGAAAGGCUGUUAGCAGUAUGCACUGUCAGGGGUAAAGCGUUCGUGAAUGUGUACAUAAGUAAAAAACUACCUGGUAGGACUGUAAUCAACCGAAGAAAGUCUUGGUCAAUGAAAACCCUGAAAUUUGACCGAAAAUUGACUAAUGAGGGUGGUGGUGAGUGUUUCGACUCUGAAGGUAAACCCUUCUGCGGCGGGGGACAACGUGGCUCGGCGGUUUGAAAAUAUUCUAAUAUCAGCACAAGAAGGCAAUUUAACACGAUAAAAGUUGAAAGGCUCAAAAUAAAAAUAAAUAUUCAGCAAGCCACCGGACGUUGAUUAUGGGGUGCUCUAUAAACACUCUCAUUAGCACUUGGUACGUUCCUCCUGAUGAAAUUAACCACAGACUGUAAAUUGACGCGGAAAAAAUCGAGUCGACUAAUCAGAAUUUUGGUCGACUCAGCACAUAUCGACCAUUAAUGCGACUAGUCAACUCAGACUUUACAGCCCUAGUGUACAUAACUGAAUCCUACCAGGUGUCUACAGAAUUUUUGUGCAUCUUUGCAUUUUAAAAUUGUUUAAUGAGACACUAUGAAAGAGUCAAGCAGUUUGUUUGUAAAUGUUUGCAUGUACUGUGUGUGUCCCGUAUAAGUGACGGUGUGUGUUUGCGUGUGUGUCCUGCAGGCAGCAGUCAGAAGAAGGGGAUAAGAACGGAUCAGAGGAGGAGGAUGAGGAGAAGCCCGGGAAAAGGGUCAUGGGCCCUCGCAAAAAGUUUGUCUGGGACGACAAGCUCAGGUUAGUUUUGGUCGGAGCGGCUGCUGUUGGUCUGAUUCACUAUCACACCCCUUUGUUUUCACGUUUCCUGUUACUUUUGAACCCAGUUAGCUGACAGAGCUGAUACCAGCCUGACAACAUAGGGAAAAAAUAACACCCAGAAUCCUUUUGAAAGAAACAAAAGGGGGAAGGAUAGUGAUGGAGUCAUUAACUUUUCCCAUGAGGUGGGUACCGUCUGGAUAUUUUUUGGGGGCAACUUUUGAUUUUGUUUUUCAUAUUAAGUUAUUAAAGCCUCCUAAGUACAAAUAGAUUUAGCAUUACACUGUUUCAGAGCAGUUAAAAAUCAGGGCAAUAACAAUCACUGAGAUAUUGUUUUUUUUUUGUUCGUCAACACAAUCCCGAUUAUUAGAAUAUACCUCAAAUUAAGAUUCUUGUUUUUCUAAAUAGCCUUUGGCAGAUAGCCUCCAGCGGAGAUGAAGAGACACCAAAGUUCUUUGUAACUCCACGACACCUGAUCUUUAUUUAUUUACUUUUUCAGUCACAGAGUUUUGGGGCUCCGAUCCAGUCAAAAACCAGACUCGGCUUAGUUUCCCUUUGAACAGCAAAGAGCUUUUUCCACCUUUAUGAGCAAAACUCUCCACAAUAGAUCCUUCAAUAAAGUUGUCCUUAUCUUGUCUUAUCGUACAAAACCCUAAGAAAAAAAAAGACAGUUUAUUUCACUGAGGAUGACUGAAUGGAAAUCCUGCAUGGAUGUGGAAAUCCUGAGUAAAAAGAGACGGUGUGAACAAACAGAAACAAGACCUUGAAAUGAAACCUUGAGACUUACUCUCAGCUGCUUUUCAAUCAUCGUUCAUUUUUAAACAGCUUUCAUGUUUAAAGGGAUGUCUCUCUCUCUCUCUUUUCUUUCCAAGUCGUUACCAACUCAUUCUCCAUGAAGAAUAACACUCUCUUCAGUUAUUAUGAGCUCAGCACCUGCAGCCCACUUUAGACUUGAAUACUGAAUGGUUUGUACUGAAUUGAUCAUUUUUCCUUGUGUGUGUGUGUGUGUGUGUGUGUGUGUGUGUGUGUGUGUGUGUGUGUGUGUGUGUGUGUGUGUGUGCAGGAACCUGCUGUGCAGUUUGGUGCAAGUGAAGCUGAGCUGCUAUGAGAUGGAGAACCAGUGCUCUUUGUCUGUGGAGGACUACCUCAAGGCUUUCUUGGAGAAUGAGGUUAAACCACUGUGGCCCAAAGGCUGGAUGCAGGCCAGGUGUGUGUAUGUGUGUGUGUUCAUUUGUGUGUGUGUGUGUUUUCAUUUGUGUGAGUAGUUAGUGUAUAUUUACCAUGAAACAAUCAUUUGGUAUGUUAUUGUCUUUUCAGCACCUUUAGGUUUUAUUUUUUUUUUAUAAUCCUGAAGUGCAGAUGUUUGGUUUCCCUUUUCUUUAGUGAAGGUACUUUAGGCUCAAACAUACAGGAUCUGUAUUGAGUGCGUUCUGUCAGCGUUGCAUGUCACGUAGCAAAUAGGUUGCCAUUCUAAUCAAUGCAGCAUCGCAUGCAGGACACGUAUCAGCUCUGUAUCAGAGGCGUAUCGAGCGUGGCUCUGCUGAAGAUAUGCACUGAGUCUAUUUUUGCUGCUCUACGCUUCCCUUGUGCGUCAAUCUACACAGACAAAAGGAUUCUAGACAGGAAGUCAGGCACGAAAACUGUGUAUGUCAUCCAGAAUUUCAAAAUAAAACACCAUAUGAGGACUCCCGACUGUGUAGAUGAGAAAUACUUCCUGGUUGUGGAUUUAUCAGUAACACAGAACAAUCCGAUGGUCAAUCCCUGAUCUAUGUGGACCCCAACAGGACUUUUAACUGCUUACUCUGUCUGAAGGGAACAGCACAGCAUAAAGGAACAAAGUUAACUUUAGUAAACACGAGUAAACCUGCAAAAACCCGAACUUUAAUAUCACGUUGCUUUUUCACAUACAGUGGAGGCUCAACAGUCACUGAAUUACAUCCCAAUUAGCAGGAAAUAGACCACAGAAAGGCAAAAACAACCUGUUGUGAGCAUGUUUCAUCUAUACUGAACCCAGCUGACUGGGGCUGCACUACGCUGCUACUACGCUCCAAAUACGAAUCCUGUGUGCAAUAGAUAGCACUGCUGUACAGAGCAGGGACGCAACGCUGACAAAACGAGCUUAAUACAGAUCCUGUAUGUUUUCAGCUUUAGACAAACAUAUACCAACUUUGGGUAAUCAGGGUUUUUUCAUGCUGUUAAUCAUUAAUUUACUUUUUACCCUGAAGACUGUUCAUUUGGUUUUUCUACCAUCAACCUCAUCAUGAAUCUGAUAACUGUAGCCUCCUUUUCACAAACCAAUCACAGCUGAUCAGUGUAAAAUACAUCAGCACUCAUGCACCAGGUUGUUUGUGUCAAACAUCAAGAGUUUCAAAGUUCGGUAUCAUUGCUAGGUAAGUCUCUGUCUUGUAGUGUGUGCUACAGGAAGCUUUACAGGUCAUAAAAGUAACUACGGUUAAUAAAUCAUUUUCUUUUAAGAGUUAUUCCUGCUGUAAAUAUUGUUUAUGUUAGGAUCUCACAUGAUUUUUCAGUCUUGAAAAAAAAGAAAAACCUGAUAAUUGUGGUAAAAAAACAAACACAUUAAUGCAGCUGUUCUUGUCCUCUGAGAGCCUCAGCACUGUGUGUUUAUCUUUGCUCUGUGUUUCAUAUACUUUAGGAUUCUGUUGAAGGAGAGCCUUUCUGUUCACUGUCACCUAACUGGAAAUCUGUGAGUAUGAACUUUGUUCCGUUUGAUCAUAUCAAUAGCUCAGGAGUUUGUCUGAGGCUGGGUGUAAAUACAAACUGUAAAAAAGAAAUGUUCAAAUUUUCCGUUUCAGAGCCAAGAGGAGGAUGGUUCCUGGGCCCAAGGCCAAAGCUAAAGUGAGUUUCUGCUCAUGUCCAGAACUUGUAGUAACAAAACUAUUGACCCAGGUUUUUGUACGAUAAUAGUUUAAAAUCUACUUUAGUUAUAACUAAUAAAGUUAUUACAUAUUUGGGGUAUUUAUUGAGGUUUCUCAGACUGUUUGUGGAUACCGGUACUGGACCUCUCACUGACUAUUUGUGGUCUUUUCUUUAGGAGGCUCUUUGGAUCCACAAACCACCUCUCACCGUGACCUCCAACCCGUCUCUGCUUACCUCCACUUCUGCUCUGACCUCCAACCGCCAACUCGGCUCCUCGUCUUCGCCCCCUGAGCCCAUAUGUUUGUCAGACUCCCUGGAUGAUGAUCUGACCGCUCCCUCUUUGGACUCGAUCUCCCACGCUCUGGCCCUCCUCAGCAAUGCAUCCAAAGGCCUGGGCCCAUCGGACAGCCCCUUGUCGCCUCCACCCCUGCAGAUCCCCACUUCCUCUCCUCCCCCUGUGACCCCUCACUACCCGUCAGCCUCUCUGCUCUCCGCCUCGGUAUCAUCCGGGACACAGCAACAUUCCCUGUCAAAGGUGGAGACGGCCCACCUGGCAGCUGUGUCAGCUGGAAACUAUUCCGCAACAACAACGCUCCAAACCUCCUCUUCUACCUCCUCUUCCUCGCCUCCAACGGUCUCCUCUAUGGCUCGUGUGCAGGCAGCAGGGCUGUCGCUGGCUUCUAGGACUGCAAAUGGUCCCUAUGGCCCAAUCAAAGGGUCCGGCACUAUUGGCCAAACACAGACCCAGAGACUUAUUACCAUGACUUCACCAAAUCACAGGUCAAGCUCAGUGAUAGCAGGAAGUGGCAAGUUGCAUCCACUCCCCUCCCCGUCACCUCCUAAGCAGAGACCUCCUCCCACAGCUUCCCCUCUGCUGCCCCCUCAUCAGAAGGGCUUUGUCAGCCCGGUGGGCAUGCUAGGAACUAUGGCAGCGCCUCAAGGAAUCGCAAAGAGUGGCGCCAAAGGUGGCGGCAUCAUUCUAAACGGCAGCACGAACAGCAGCCUCACACCUUCUUCCUCCCCCUCUUCGGUGUCUCGCUCCAACUCCACCACUAACCUGCAGUCCUUCUGCCCCCCAUCUCCCGUGUCGUCCUCACCAUCCACCACUCCCCACACUUCGCACUCCUCUCAAGGUAAAUCGCACACGCAUCAUCAUCACCAGCCCAACUUCAUCACACCCAUGCAGGCCACCCUCACAAAGUCCUCCCACAGCAGCAACUCCUCUCCAAUCAUUAAGCUCACGCCUCGGCCUCCGGCGCCAACUCCGCCUCCCUCUUCCUCCCCCUCUCCGUCAUCCUCACCCUCACAUCCGCUCCCUCAUCAAAUGGUCCCUACCCAACAGCAACAACAGCAGUACUCCCCCAAAACCCCCAAGACUUUUCGGCCCCCCUACAGCGUGUCAAGCUUUGCUGGAGGCCAGAAAGUUCAGUCGACCACAAGCAACAGUAGCAUCAACAACAACAGCAACUCCAACAGCAACAACAAGGGAGGAGUGUCUGCUGUUUGCAGCCUCCCGGACAAAUCUCCUUUGCCUCCUGCACCUUCGCCCUCGGCUAAUCACGGGCAGAGGCAGAGGAUGGCGGGCGGGACUAAUCAGAAUUCAAAGGCAGGAAAUGGUUGGGCAGCUUCAGGAACUUUGGCCACACCCACGACAACAUCACACCUCUCACAGGUGAGCUUGAUUCAUCCAGGAAAUAUUCCUUUAAGGUCCUUUCACACAGGGACCGUUUUUGUCGUGCGAUUAUUUCGGACGCCAAUAUUUAAUUUCGGACCCGUAUCCUGUCAAUACAAGCGUUCACAUCAGCAACGUUUUCCUGUCCUGCAAUAUUUCGGCAUUAAUUUUUUUGGAUCACAGUCGAUUUUUCCAAAGUUUCGCAUACUGUGUGUCCACUUCUGACCAAUCAGAUUUCGUGUUGUUGCGACAUCAGAUUCACUGCUAUAUCCAACAUGGCCGACCGGCUGAGAACAGAUUUCUUUCUGAUAAAAAAACUCAAAUAUUACAAAGAUAACGACCUGAAGGACAACAUAGCGUCGGAUUUCUCAUAUGACGAUGUUUUGUGUGCUUUAACAGUUUGCUAACAGUCUUUGUUUUAACUUUCAUCUGUGCUAACGUAAGCUAACAGUUGUCACCAUAGUUUCAUGUGCUUAUCUUAUCGCCUCUGAUUGGCUAUAAGUGCUGACCGUUUGGCUUGAGCGUGUGAUGACAUUUUCAGCCAAUCAGAGGCGAAGGAGGCGGGACUUUCCCCGGGAAAAAGUCUUCCCCGGGAUGCGUCUUUUCCCCUCCGGAGAGUCGCAAAAUCGCAUCGGGCUUGAUGCGUAUAAUCAUGCUUGUCAAAAUUCUAUUAUUCUAUUCUUCCCUAUAUAUUCGCGUCGACCCCGGUGUGUGAGGACCUUUACUGUGUUAGAUAAUGAAUCUGCUGCUCUUAACUUGAAAUCUUCUUUUAUUGCAUCUUGUUUUUGCAGGUCUCAACAACAGGCACUUCCCUCCUGGGCAGCCCCUCUGCUUUGCCGCUGGGCUUUGGCAUGUUGGGGGGCCUGGUGCCCGUCUCGCUGCCCUUCCAGUUCCCCCCGUUGCUCAACUUUAGCCCUCCAGGAGCGCCAGGAGCUGCUGGCAUGGGCUCAGCCCCAAGCUCCAACUCAGGAUACCCCUUAGCACAGAGUGACCUAAUGGGUGAGUGGGCACACCUCUUCUUUAAGCGUAUUUUUCAUCAUUCGUUAUUUUUUCAUUGAUUGAACAGAAAGGUUUGAUCAAGAGGGUUUAGCAGCAAAGUUACCCUGUUUGAUACAUUGAAACUGUUACCGUGGAUACUCUUGUUCCUCAUUGAUUUCAUUUUUGUAUGGAGCCGAUUACUCACAGAGUUACUCGUCAUUGUAUGAAUGAAGUUGGAUACUCACCAGUAAAAGACAGAGUGACAAAUUGGAAGAAUUGACAUGUUGGUAUUUCGAUGUUUAAAAACCAGCUUCGGUAAAUCUCAGUGCACUCAUGUAGAAGGAAACCAGCUCUAAGUCCACUUCGUCGGCUCUGUUUCACAUCUCACCGUGACACCCUGUCUCCUUUUUUAUGAGCUAUUGUCGUCCUCCUUUGUUUUCUCCGUCUUUUUUCUUUUUCCAUCUUCUCCACUUUUUAUACAUUCGCCUCCUUUCCCAUCCUCUCCUCAAUAGCUGCGUUUACAUGGGCACAAAUGCCCGAUUGAAAUAAGUCGUCAUGUAAACAUGUUGAUCGGACGAUUCUGAUCCAAUUCGGCUCAAUCAGAAAGAAAUUGUACUCUGAUCAAGAAGGGUGGUUUAUGCCGAUUGUUAUUCCGAAAUGCAUCCAUGUAAACACUUAUUGCGAUUGUGACUCUCUUCCCUGAAUCGAUCUUCACUCGUCAGCCUUUGGUUUAUUUAUUGAGGUCAGUACAGGAGGUUUCAUUAUUAACACUCUGGCAUAAAACACAACCGCAGGUGUCGUGUCUGCUGGAAUGCUUUUCUCCUGAUUCGAUUCUUCUACGAUUUUUUGGAUGCCGAUUCAAUUUAAAUUGCGAUUCUACGAUAUUGUCAAUUUUCUCGAUAUUUAGUUUGCAUUUUUAACUCCAGUGAAACAGUUGAAUGAUUAUGAUCGUCUACUGACUAUUCUGUGAACCAUAUUUCCCCAAAAAAUACACAUCAUAUGUAAAUCAGUUUUUUAAUUCUUAAAUUUGAAAAAAAAAUCGAUUUAAAAAUUGUAAAACAAAAAGUCACGAUACUUAAAUUAAUUGAUUUUUUUCUCCCACCCCUAGUACAUACAGCCUAAUGAUGCCACAUCUGCACGCACAGUGCAACCUUUGACAGAACAAUAAAAUACGUGAGCAAGGGCGCCAUCUAGUGACAACAUUUAAAGGGGGAAAAAUUCUGAACUGGAUGGAGUGAGCCACUGCCGCGUUUGUUGACAGCACAGGCGUAAAUACAACUCUUCUUCUGCGGUUGUUUUAGCGAGAUUAGACAACUCUGCGCAUGUCCAAAUGCUUCUUAUCUGAAUAAAGCUUGUUUUAUGUAUACUCAUGUCAUGAUCGGUUUAUUAUAAACAGUGGAUUCAGAUUUACAGAUCACUCAAAUUUUUAAUCGAAACAAGAAAUUUGGCCCAUGUAAACAUGGUUACUGUUACAGCUGGUCUCUGGUCUUCUCUGUUAUCUAUAUUGCUGGUCUUAUUGUGUCCUUCUCCCCUCUCACCCUCCCUCCAUCUCUCCUCAGAUCUGUAUAAGAGUCUCCAGUCAGGGUCACAGGUUGCCCUACCUCCUCACUUGCAGCUUGCUUUUUCAGGUAAUCUGCAUUCCUCUUCCAUCUGUGUGUCACGUUAAACUUUUCGCCCUGUGCCCGCCUGCUGUGUUUUUGUCCUCAGUGUGUUUGUCUUAACUCUGAAAGAUGCAUGCUGUUUUCACUGGUUUGAAGAUUACACAGUGAGGAGAUGGUUCUUUGACAUUUUAAUCUUAAAUUUUAAAGUUUAUUUAUUUAUCUUUCCCUUUGGAUGAAUUUGGUUGGUUUUAUAACUUGAACUAAAGGCUCACUGACAGUCAGUCUCCUGGAUUACUCAGCACUCGGGUCAAAGAGCCAUCUCUCCAGAUUUUCAGUCCCAGGAGGUGCCUGAACUUCUGCCCUCUUUUGACUCAGUUUUGUGUGUGAUGAGCCUCUGAAUGUACUUUAUCAGAUCUCAAUAAAUGGAAUAGUUGUUAGAAAAAAAUCUAAAAGAUGAAAGUGGUCUGGAAAAAAAAGCUAAAUUAUCAGAUCAAAGAACUGUAAUAAUUUAAUUCUAGUCUCACUGUGAAAAGUCCGCAUAAUGCCUUCAUCUUAGUCAUUUUAAAGUCCCAGUUUAAGGAAAUAAGACUAUUCAGUAUUUUAAAGCAGUCACAUACACUUUUAAUUUUCAUCCCCGCGAUCAGGGAAGCUAUGGUGACACUUGGGUCAGAGGGCGAGUAGCGCCUGUGAUGCAUGAUUUGAAUGAAUCCAGAAUAUAACAAUAAUUGGGCUUUUCACACUGAAACUUAAAUGAGGGAAAUAGAUGCAGAACAAUCAUUUAACAUGCUUCUGUAAAAAACAUUUAGAAAAAUGUGGGUAUGAAGGGGUUAAAUAACUCUUGGUAAUGUUAGGACUCUCCUAACAUCGUCCGAUUUAUUGUAGUGUUAAUGAAAAACUUAAUAAACGACAUUGACACUAUCGGGAGGAGCAACACACCUCCUCACAAAACUGCUCAACUUUUCUAUUAGAAUUGGGUCGUUCGCGAACGAUUCAUUCAAAAGAACCGAAUCUUAAAAGUGAACGUACUGAACCGAAUCACUUCCUUCAGUGAUUCGUUCGUUCGAGAAACAGCAUUGCCAGGCCAGCAGCCGGCGAACAAAGGACCACAUGCACAGACACCUGGAUCACUUGGCGAACGAAUCUCUGGAAUCAUUUUUGUCAGACAAAUCUACAAUAGGAAACAGCAUGUAACAAGUAAUGCAACUGAAUCCUGAACCGUUCAGCUGUGUAUCAGUUCAGGAGUUCGGAGUCGCAGGCUUCUCCUGCUAAAUAAUUUGGUGAUUUGGUGAAAGAAUCUUUUGAACAAAUCUUUUUAGUGAACUGAUUCAAGUGAUUCAGUACAUCUAAAAGAACUGCCGUGCCCAUCACUAUUUACUAUCCUCUGCACAUAGAUGCCAACCAAAGCCAGAGUGGAGACAUGAAGAGGAAACCCCACUGA